CGAAACCAGCUCGAGUCAUAAUAAAAGAGCGAGACCCGGAGAUAUUAAUAAAGUUUCUCCGAACGUCUUUCUCUCUACCCUAACCUUAUCAGGGUUUCUUCUUCCCUUCUCGACUCGUCGAUCUGAGGCUUCCUCGUCUCUCUCUUCUUCAAUCCAGGGUUUUCGUCAAUCUGUUUAUUUGGAGUGCUUAGAUCUGCGUUGAAUUAUCGUAGCAGAUCGAAGGUUUCGAUCUAGGGUUUGAUCGUUCUUGAAAAAAAUUAUGCGAUCUUCAUGGGCUGAUUCAGUUGCGAACGCCGAGAACUCGGCGGCCGCAUCUGGCGCUUCUGCGAACAAUUCCGCCACCGCCGCUCUGUCCUCUCGCCCUUCUCGCAGCACUUACGUUCCUCCGCAUCUCCGCAACCGGCCGGUGACUCCUGAACCCCCCGCUUCGUCCCCUGCUGAUGCCCCCUCUGCCCCUCAGAGGCCCUCUGGGUUCGCACCCCCUGGCGGCGCUCCCCGCUGGGGGGGCGGCGGCGGCGGAGGCAGCGGCAGCGGCGGCCCCGUUCGUGACCUGGGCCGACCUGGCUUCGCUGGCAGUAGCAGCCGCGGAGGCAGCAGUAGCGGUGGUGGAGGCGGAUGGAACUCCAGGACUGGUGGAUGGGACCGAAGGGAGCGGGAGGCCAACCCGUUUGCGAACGACGAUUCUGCGGAUGCAAAUUUUGAGGGACAGGAGAACACUGGGAUUAAUUUUGAUGCUUAUGAGGAUAUUCCUGUGGAGACCAGCGGCAACGAUGUACCCCCACCGGUGAACACUUUCGCGGAGAUUGAUUUGGGCCAUGCAUUGAAUGAGAAUAUUCAGAGAUGCAAGUACGUGAAACCGACGCCGGUGCAGCGCCAUGCAAUUCCCAUCUCGCUCGCCGGGCGGGACCUGAUGGCCUGUGCUCAGACGGGGUCGGGAAAGACGGCGGCUUUCUGCUUCCCUAUUAUCAGCGGAAUCAUGAGGGGGCAGGCCCCGCAAAGGCAGAGGGGGUCGAGGACGGCGUAUCCUCUCGCACUGAUUUUGUCUCCUACUAGGGAGCUCUCAGCCCAAAUACAUGACGAAGCAAGAAAGUUUGCCUAUCAGACUGGUGUUAGAGUGGUCGUUGCAUAUGGAGGAGCACCAAUCAAUCAACAGUUGAGGGAGCUGGAAAGGGGUGUUGAAAUUCUUGUGGCAACUCCUGGUCGUUUAAUGGAUUUACUGGAAAGGGCUAGGGUUUCACUUCAGAUGAUUAGAUAUUUAGCUCUCGAUGAAGCCGAUAGAAUGCUUGACAUGGGAUUUGAGCCACAGAUCCGUAAAAUUGUUGAACAAAUGGAUAUGCCUCCACGAGGUGCAAGGCAGACUAUGCUGUUUAGUGCCACCUUUCCAAAGGAGAUACAGAGAUUGGCUUCUGAUUUCCUUGCCAAUUACAUCUUUCUUGCUGUUGGAAGGGUUGGUUCUAGUACUGAUUUGAUUGUCCAGAGAGUUGAGUUUGUUCAAGAAUCAGACAAAAGAAGCCACCUAAUGGACCUUCUUCAUGCCCAGAGGGCAAAUGGUGCUCAUGGGAAGCAAGCCCUGACUUUAGUCUUCGUGGAGACAAAGAGAGGUGCUGAUGCAUUGGAGCACUGGUUGUGUAUGAAUGGGUUCCCUGCAACUACAAUCCAUGGUGAUAGGACACAACAGGAAAGGGAAAUGGCACUUAGAUCCUUCAAGAGCGGGCAGACCCCCAUCCUGGUGGCAACCGAUGUGGCGGCUCGCGGGCUCGACAUACCGCACGUGGCCCAUGUCGUCAACUUCGACCUCCCCAAUGACAUUGACGACUAUGUCCACCGCAUUGGGAGGACUGGUCGUGCUGGCAAGUCGGGCCUGGCCACUGCCUUCUUCAAUGAGAGCAACUCCUCCCUUGCACGGCCUCUUUCUGAGCUCAUGCAGGAGGCGAACCAGGAGGUUCCUGCAUGGCUAUCGCGCUUUGCCACCUCCCGCUCAUCCUACGGCGGAGGUGGUGGAAGGAACCGCCGAGCAGGCGGCGGUGCUCGCUUCGGUGGCCGUGAUUUCCGAAGAGAUUCUUCAAACAGGGGUGGGGGAGGAGGUGAUUACUAUGGCGGAGGAGGGUAUGGCGGUGGUGGAGGUUAUGGGUCAGGUUCAGGAUACGGCGGCGGCGGUGGCGGCGGCUAUGGUGGUGGUCAGGGGAUAACCAGUGCAUGGGACUGAUUAUCCUGGUAAUAUGGAGAUUUAAAACUUAAAAAGAGUUUAAUUCUAUUCUUGCUGUUUUGGAGAAAGCAUUAUGUUUGAUGGGGUUGAAUGAUUGCAAGGUUAAAGUAGUCUUUAUGUUUUGUGUCCCCCUUUUUGCACUCUGCUCAUUCAGCAAUCGCUCUUAUUAGUUCUUCCCCACUGUCAGGGAUCGUGGUCGAGUGAUGGAGUUCCCCAAUGGUGGAUUACUAGUUACGACUAACUGUUAGGCUUUUGGUGGACUCGUUUAUAUCUUAUUUUUAAUUUUUUUUUUGGUUUCGUCUCCUGAGUUGUCUUGGCUGUAUUUUGUGGUGGGGGCUGUAGAAUAUGUAGUGAGGGGAAGGAGGUCUUUUUGGCGGCUGUUUCUUCUCAAAGCAUGUUCUUUUCAACCCAAUAUGGUGGUGGGGAGUAAAAACUGAGAUCCGGGUUUUGCUGAUGUUUCUGUCUUUUGGGUUCUUGUAAAUUCUGCGAGAUCCGACUUGAAUAAAUGUUGAGCAUAGAGAGAGAAAAGGGCACACGACCUUAGUUGUAA